CAAAAUCAUAUAGAAAAAUACUCCUAUUAUUUUUUGUAUUACAGGUAGACUAAGGGAAAGUAAAAAAUAAAAGCCAAAAUCCAACCCUAAAAUAUAAUACUUAUUCAAUUAAGACAAGAUUCUCUAUAAUUAUUUGGUACUUAACUUCCGGUGAUAGAAACUAGGAAGGAUUAUUGUUGAUCUGCAAUUCCUAAAUGUAACCAAAAACCAACACAUUUCAGACUAAGUUUUGCAAACUCUAAUUCUGAUUUCAAAUGGAGAUAACACUCCAUUCUUCAUAUUGUUCUUCUUCUUCUUCUUCUUCUUCUUCUUCUUCUUCUUCUGCUGCUGCUGCUGCUGCUGCAGUAUUCCAAUCAAUAUUGUCACUUUCCUCUAUCCAUCACCUUAAAUCUUCCAUUGUUACCUUCAGAAAUCGCAACUACUCUCAUUACAGACCUCUUACGCGUUGUCCCUUUUCUUUCUCUCAGAAAUCAAGGGCAGUUUCAUGUUCUGCAGUUGAUGGGCAACGCCGGAUUGUUAGUGUAGAGUCUCAUUUUUGCUAUGAUAAAGAAAUUCCAGAGCAAAUAAUUGAACAACCAGUUGGAUUAUCAGUCACUAAGAAAGAAAUAGGUGAUCGACCUCAUUGUGGUAAUUGCCAAGCUAAAGGCGCAGUCCUUUGUACAACCUGUGCUGGUUCAGGAUUGUAUGUUGAUUCUAUUUUAGAGUGCCAAGGCAUUGUCGUCAAAGUUCGUUGCCUAGGUUGUGGAGGUACGGGGAACAUCAUGUGUUCCGACUGUGGCGGCAGAGGCCAUUUAUGAAUUGCUACAUCCGGGUGAUAUCUGGUUUGUUUUGUUCUGUAUGUUUGUAUCAGCUGUUUGGCUAGAUUUGAUGUUUCAUUGAACAAAUUAAUAGCUAUGACUUAAUUCCUUGGUAGUUGAAUAUUUAUCUCACACUGUUCCUCCUCAAUUUUUUUUUGUUGUAUAAUUAUAUCAUCUAUUAAGCACUUUUCUCGUCUGAAAAACAAUGCACUUUUUGAAACUCCUACAUGAUUAGCUGUACAGUUGUGCUGUUUAUCUUUA